AACUGUCAGAUAUGUCAAAAUAAAAUAAGCUUAAAUCAUUUAAAGUAGUUUAAUAAAAUUUUGGUCCAAAAUUACAAUGUCUGUUACCCUAGCAAAUAAAUCUAAAAAAAUGUGCUGUUAUGAGGAACAGCCAAAUAAUAACGGAUUACCUACAGUUAGAUUAUUUUGUCCUUAUUGCCAACAGGGUGGAAACUAUGUGCAACAAGUAUCUCCAAACUGGUACAGAGUUUUCAAUCCAACACAGUACCAAUCACAAAUGGGUAAUAUGAUUUCUGAUCCUUCACACCAAGAAACGUAUGGAUGUCCUACUUGUCAGCAGCCUUUAAACGAAAAUAUGAGAGCAUAUCAAAACUAUAACGGACAUAAUAUGAAGUAUGAGGUAAAGAGGAAUGGUUUAAACGAUCCAGACCAUUAUUUUUCACAAAAUGCAGUAUGUGAAAGUUUUAACAAUAGGAACUAUCAUAAUGGUAUACAAUGCAUCGAUCAUAUGUAUUGGUCUCCGAAUACACAUCAAAAUUCGUACACCCAAGAUACCUACACCGUCAGUCGAGCAUGUGAGGCUAAUGAUACUUGUUUUGUGCAAGAUUGUGGUUGCAAUACCCAUUUACCUUACUCAAAUACGCGGAGUACUCAAACUAGUAUUCUGCAGGACUAUACACAAUGCAGCCAAUGUAUGUUAAAUCCAAAAUCUAAACGAAAUCAGGGAACAAUGGUAAAUCCGUCUACCAAAACCAAAGAAACAUUAGCGACACCACCAAGUUCAGGCUGUGAAUAUUGUGGUAUCAACAAUGAGUACUCCUUAAAAGACAAGUUAAAAUCAUUUUUUAAACGGAAUGACGAAAAAAUGGCAAAUCCCUCUACAAAAUCCAAAGACAUAUCUGCAGAUAUGCCAAUUAUAGACUGUGAAUACUGUGGCAUAAACAGUGAACAUAAACCCAAGCUUAAGUCAAAUCCAGUGUCUAAACGGAAUCAAGGAACAAUGGUAAAUCCCUCUACUAAAUCCAAAGAAAUAUCAGCUUUAAUGCCAAGUUUAGAUUGUGAAUAUUGUGGCGGUACAAAGAGUGAACACAAAUUAAAAGGCAAGACAAAAUCAAAAUUAAAUCGGAAUGAAGACAAAGUGUCAAAUCCCUCUACAAAAUCCAAAUCAGCAUCAAGUUUAGGCUGUGAACAUUGUGGCGGUGUAAAAAGUAACCACAAAUCACAAAGUGAUAAGUCUAAUCCGACAUCCAAAAAGAAUAAAGAAAUUAUGGCAAAUCCUUCCACAAAUUCCAAAGGAGUAUCAACUUUAUCACCAAGUUUAGACUGUGAAUAUUGCGGUGGUAUAAAAAGUGAGCACAAAUCUAAAGAUAAGUUAAAUCCAACAUCCAAUCAAAAGAAAAAAACAAUGUCAAAUCCCUCCACAAAAUCCAAAGAAGUUUCAGAAAUAAUACCAAGUUUAGAAUGUGAAUAUUGCGGUGGUAUAAAAAGUGAGCACAAAUCUAAAGAUAAGUUAAAUCCAACAUCCAAUCAAAAGCAAAAAACAAUGUCAAAUCCCUCUACAAAAUCCAAAGAAGUUUUAGAAAUAAUACCAAGUUUAGAAUGUGAAUAUUGCGGUGGUAUAAAAAGUGAGCACAAAUCUAAAGAUAAGUUAAAUCCAACAUCCAAUCAAAAUCAAAAAACAAUGUCAAAUCCCUCUACAAAAUCCAAAGAAGUUUCAGAAAUAAUACCAAGUUUAGACUGUGAAUAUUGUGGCGGCACAAAGAGUGAUCACAAAUUAAACGACAAGUUAAUUCAUUGGAAUGAAGAACCUGUAGCUAAUUCCUCUACAAAAUCUAAAGAAAAAUUAACAGAAAUGCCAGUUUUAAACUGUCAACACUGUGGCACAAAGAGUGACCACAAUUCCAAAGAAAAACCAAACCCUAUAUCCAAACGGAACCAAGAAACAAUGGCAAAUCCCUCUACAAAAUCCAAAGAAGUAUCAGCGACAAUACCAAGUUUAGGCUGUGAGCAUUGUAGCACAAAUAGUGAAAGCAAAAUAAAAGAGAAACAUGUUGAACAUGUUUUACCAGAGGCAUAUUCUUCAGAUCUUUGUCUAUUAUGUAAAAAGUCUGUAUAAUGUCAUUCAAAAAACAAUGAAAUAUUGUCUGCGAUAAAAAAUUAGCAAUAUACGUGUGGCAUUAA